CCCAAAGAUGCAUUGCGCAGCUCGCUGAUGUUUCGUGCGCUGGGCAGACAGAGCUCAGAACACACAGCAGCAGCAGCAGGAGGAGGAGGAAGAAGCCCCCGUGACGCGCGGCGUGGGGCCACCGCGCGCUCAGCACCGCGGCGUGUAACAGACGAGAGGGCGGGCAGCUCUCUCCGGGCACCGCGCGCGCUGCGUGCGACUCACGGCGCUCGCUCUGCCCGUGCGUGGGACUCACGGCGCGUGCUCUUCGACGCGCGCGUUGGCGGAGACAGCGCUCAGAGAGAGAGAGAGGAGGAGGAGGAGGAGGGACACGGCGGACGACGCGCGACAGGUUUCCGGAGCCCUGCGCGAGGCGGCCAAGCCACCCUGCGGCUGGGCACAGGGAGCGCUGGCCAUGGAGGCGGCGAGACGGGUCCCGAUGGCGCCCCUGAUGGAGCCCUGCGGGGAGGGCUGCUGCGGAGGCGUCGGUGGCGUUGGGGAGCGCCUCCUGCCCCUGAGCCACGCGACGGCCCCCCCAGGAGCCGAGCCGCGGCUCUACCCGGAGCCCUUCCCCCGCUACCCGGCGCUGAGGCCCGACGUGGCCUCGUGGGACGUGCGCAGCGCUCACGCCCGCGACAAGCAGCAGCAGCAGCAGCAGCCAGGACGGAGGGCCGGGGCGCUGCGAGUUCGGCACAAGCGGCAGGCGCUGCAGGACAUGGCUCGGCCCCUCAAGCACUGGCUCUACAAGCACCGGCACAACCCCUACCCCACCAAGACGGAGAAGAUCCUGCUGGCCCUUGGCUCCCACAUGACGCUUGUCCAGGUGUCCAACUGGUUCGCGAACGCGCGACGGAGGCUCAAGAACACGGUGCGGCAGCCGGAGCUGAGCUGGGCCAUGCGGAUCAAACUCUACAACCAGUACGUGCAGGGCAACGCCGAGCGACUGAGCAUCAGCAGCGGAGACAGCUGCCCCGAAGACGGCGAGGUCCUCUGCACGGAGGACAACGAGGACGAGGCGAGGCGCAAGGACGUGGAGGACUCGAGCCUGACGGUGGAGAACGUGAGCCGGCAAGGGCAGGACCGCGCCUUCCCUCGCAAGUACAAGAACAGCCUCCUGCACCGCUACCUGAGAGACUCGUGCAAGCACGCGCUCGCAGGACGGGGCGCUGCGGCAACAGCGGUGGUGGCGGCGGCGGUGCAAGAGGGACCCGGAGGCGUUCACCACAACCACCACCACCACCACCACGCGCAGCACCACCACCACCACCACGCGCAGCAACUCCAUCACCACAAUCAGCAGCGUGAGCCCCGUCGGAGCAGCCACCCGGCGUCGCUGAGCUCGGCGUGCUACGAGGACGGAUCCCUGUCGCCCGUGUCCAGCGAGUCGGAGAGGAGGCAGCAAGCUCCUGCCGCCGGUGCAGCCAAAAUUCUGGAGCAGAAUUCUUUAAGUGGACAGAAGCGAGGGCCCAGCGACCCGUCCAGCUACUGGAACGAGCUGCACGCAGCCAUGGCGCUCACCAACCUGGGCACUGCGGGCCGGGCGGGGCCGGGCGCCGCCCGGGCUGGCCCCGCCGUCGCCCCGUAG